GGUCGUGUCGGGACGCCAGGGCCCGCCCCCCGAGUGUCGGCCCCGCCCCCGCAGAGGGGAGCGAGCGCUCGCGGGCCGGGGCGGCAGGUUCGGCUGCGCGGCGGGGCAGAGGCGGCCGCGGGGCCCGAGCGCAGGGAGUGGAGCUCGGUUCCGGAAUCUCGGCGCUGCGGACGGCGGGACCUCCCAUCCAGGGCGUGUGCAGCACGCGGUGAUUCCCGGGGAAACUGAAAAAGAGAUGGGGUCUCACUGAGUUGCCCAGUCUGGCCUCAACUUCCCACCUCAGCCUCCCAAGUAGCUGGGACCACAGGAGUACGCCACCCACGCCCAGCUCUCUGGACGCCGGGGGCCCGGAGCUGAUGGCAGACAAUGUCAGCCACUAACAACAUAGCCCAGGCCCGGAAGCUGGUGGAACAGCUGCGUAUCGAAGCCGGGAUCGAGCGCAUCAAGGUGUCCAAAGCAGCCUCUGACCUCAUGAGCUACUGUGAGCAGCACGCCCGGAGCGACCCCUUGCUGGUCGGAGUCCCUGCCUCCGAGAACCCCUUCAAGGACAAGAAACCUUGUAUUAUUUUAUAGCUGUGUUCUCAUACGUGCCCGCGCUCUCUGUCUCUCUCUCUGUCUGUCUCUGUCUGUCUCUCUCUCUCUCUCUCUCUCUCUCUCUCUCUCUCUCUCUCUCUCAGGCGUUAUUCAGUACGUAGCUGAAACAAAACAUCUUGGGUCCCCAAAACAUUUAAUUUCAAAACAAAUUCCCCCACCAAAAAAAAAAAAAAAAGGCAUUCCCACUGCCGGGAUGGGGUAGGAUGUACCUUCUAGGUAUAGAUGGAUUUUCAGCCCCAACCCCGUGGCCCUCUCAGUUCGGGCCUGGCCAAAAGCGGGUGGAGGCUUUACGGCCACUUCCCGUAGAACUCUCAAUGGCUGUUUUGAUUGUGGAGGAGACGCCGAGGGGAGAAGGGGGGUGAGUUUGCCCUGCGGCAGUCGCUCCGAGGCAAUUGGCCAUUUGUAAAAGGACUUCGCAGGGUCCUUGGCAUGCCUUUCAAUGUUUGUAAGUAGAGGUGACAUUGAGGUUGGGGAGAACGUGACAUCAUACGUCAUGACAUCGUGAACUGUUUCGGAAAGAUCUCGCCAUUUAAAACAUCGUUCCGGCUGAACUGGGAUGGUGAGGGUCGAACCUGUCGCUAAACCAUAAUACCGUCAUGUACGAAGGGGGUCGGUGGGGGCUUUGUCUAUGAAAAGUUGCCAAGUGUCACUCCCCCGCCACGGGUCCUUUCUGCAGGGUCCCCUCUGUGCCAGAAAUGGGUUUUUGGGACUUGCCCCAGGAGACUGGUCACCAGCCUGGCCCAUCUUUUUUUUGUUUUUUGGUAUUUCUUCCUUUUUUGAGAUGGAUUCUUGCUCUGUCGCCCAGGCUGGAGUACAGUUGUGCAAUCUCUGCUCACUGCAGUCUCUGCCUCCCGGGUUCAAGUGAUUCUCCUGCCUCAGCCUCCCGAGCAGCUGGGAUCACAGGUGCCCGCCACCUCAUCUGGCUGAUUUUUCUAUUUGUAGUAGAGACGGGGUUUCACCACGUGGGCCAGGCUGGUCUCGAACCCCUGACCUCAUGAUCCGCCUGCGUCAGCCUCCCAAAGUGCUGGGAUGACCGGCGUGAGCCUCCCGUGCUGGGCUUGUUUUAAGCGCGAGGCGUCCGUGUGGCCGGGAGAGGCUUCCACUGUCCUUGGCUCUCCCGGUUUGUCCCACCUUCUUGCAUCCACUGUGGACAUUUUUCAAACAGAAAUGCAGCCCGGGGAGCCGCAGCGGGUCGGAAUGGGGAGCUACCCUGUGCUGCUGUGUGUACAGAGUUGUCACAUGACCUUGAAGUGACUUUGAAGGACUCUGGGAGGUGAGACUUUUCGUCCCGGAGAUGGAAACAUCGGCUCAGAACAUUCCCCUGUCGCUGGAACCCAACCUUCUUGCUUUUCCACCCCUGCAACCGAGAACAGCUGUCCGAGGCCGGGAGAGGCGACAGGUGCAGGACAGGUGACUCCUUGCAGCAGCCCAUGGAAAUGGAAGAUGUCAUGGGGUGGGGGCUGGGGGUGGGGGGGCUUCUGAAAGGUGACUGUGUCCUCUUCAGCGGCACGGACGGACGGGAGCAGGGGCAGCCACAUCUGAGAUGGAUCCUGAGCGGCCAGAACCCAAGCAGCCCUGAUCGCAGGAGGCCCAGCCACCCCGACCCCCUCCACGGGGCUGGCCCAGAAGCAGGUGGUGGAGAAAACUAGUCUACUUCUGUCCCUCCGACCCCGGUGGAAACUGGAGUCUAAGAACCUGUGCCCAGAGGGUUCCUGGACGGCCGCCCGGUCCUCUGUGCAGGCCCGUGGGACGGGGGUUCCCUGCUCACGGCCGGGGGCCCACCUCGCCAAGGCUCAAGGGCACACACAAGUCCGUGUGUGUGCAGGUGUCGGGGGGUGACCUCCACUCCCCAACCUCGGGCGGCCCCCAUAGGCCACAGCCGGGCUUCCCCUGCCCGGCACCCAGCUCUCUACGGCCGGUCCGGGAGGGCUGGGGCUUCGGGGAGCCCUCCCCGGGCAAACCUGCGAGUUGGCCCAGGAGAGCUGCAGAGGCUCCCGGGAGACUGUGGCCUCCUGGGGUCGGGCUGGGAAUUGGUGGGGCUCGGGGUGUGGGCGUCCCCACCACCCCUAGCAGUAAUGGCAGGAAGAGACAAAAGCCGCCUCCACCCUUUCCAACGAGCCAUCUUGGUACCUGGGAACACACGCACGCCACCCCGUUUUUCCUUAAAAAAGGCCUUAAUCCCCAAGCCCCGCUCCCCGAAAGGGCAGAGGGAGGAGGGGGCACAGUUGUGCCAAGCCCGGCCCCACUUGCGUAUCCUCACGAUGCGACCCCAGAAAUGCCAGCAGGGAAUAGAGGCUGCUGCAGAGAUACAACCUCCUCGGCUGCUGGAGGCGGUGGGUUAAACCCCAGCUUCCAGGGAGCUCAGCUCCAAAAGCCCUAAAGCCACGUCCUCCCACCCCGCACACUGGCCACUGCACAGAAGUCAGAAAGCCUGGGGUCCGAGCAUUCCAGGUAAACCGAGGCUCGGGGAGGGGAAGGACAGGCUGGCCUCUCCUUCACUGUCCAUGGGGCCUUGGCUUUCCUGAGCUGUCCAGACACACCGUCUCCCGGACCCCAGGGAGGCCCACCAUGGCCAGAAACCUGUGGGUUUCUUUCUAGCUUGAGGGAAGAAAAAUUCUCCAUUUUUUUUUUUUUUUUUUUUUUUUGAGUAAAUCUCAGUGACCACACUGUGGAAAAUACCUUUGCAGAUGCGACACCCAAGUGCACACGCCGACUGCUGCGUGGGCUUUUCCGCCGGGAACGCCUGGGGUGAACGCGUGUUUUAUAGGCGUUUCCAGAAGCGUGGGUGCCCCUCCAGACAGGAAGCUGGCGGGCAGGGGUGGCAGCAGCCGCUCUAACCUUGGGGAGACCAGCGGCCCUCAGCCACGCCGGGAGGAGAGAGUUAAUGACACUCACCCCCACCUGCGCGCACACGCGCGCACACACACACACACACACACACACACACACACGCAAGGCAGGGUUGGUGGGAGAGAGGAGGACGUUCUCCUUCUUCUGCAGCCUGGGUCUCCCACUGGCCUUCCCCUGCCCUGAGCGAGACACCAGGUGCCAGGUAAAGGGCCACACCUGGCCGGGCCCCCACUCGAUCAUGACCCACCUGGCCUUCCGGGGAUGCUGAGCUCAGCCCGUCCUUCCCGGACCAGCUCAGCCUCCCCUGCCCUCCUCUCUCCAGUAAGGAGCCAGACCACACAUCCCACCGUCCCCAGGGUAACCCCAGGCCAAGCGCAGACGGCUCAGCUGUGACCUUGGGCCUCUGGGGCACCAACUGGGUAGCUGGCUCAGGGUGGAAGGUGCUCCUCUUCCCCUUCUCCGUGGUCCCUUCCACGGGCCGGCCACCAUGUCCAGGGGGCACAAUGCGGGGCCUCCGGCCACGCAACCAUCUCCAAGCUAACAGCCCCUGUCCUGCCCCAGCUCUGGGACAGGCAGGAGGGGGCCAUCACAGCCCCGCCCGUGCGUGAGUGACCCCAGAGGCGGCUUCCGGGCCGAGGCAGAGCCACCAGGCCCUUCCUCCGGGAGCCACUUAUUAAAACGUCCACCACGACCCGAGGCCGGCCCUCCGCACAGAAGCCAUACGCGGGCCCCCUGCGCCGCCUUCUCUGUCCGCGGACACCGCUGCCGAUCUGACCUUUGUAAAGACCCGUCUGUUUCCCCGCCGCCUGUGGUUCCAGCAGGUUCUAUGCCGUCUGCACUGGGAUGUCCGGUUGUUUCUAUUUCUGAACUUUUUAAAACUUGCAGGCGUGCCACACCCACUUUCUCACAGUGUUUGAAUAUUGUGUGGAACUGUUGAUGCGACGUGAAUUCAUACACAAUAAAAAGCCUCAUUGCCCUUUG